AUGAUAUUCGAAUUGAUAUCUAAGUACUAUCCGUUUGCGGUUCCAGAACAGGUUAACCAACUCACUUUGGAAGAACUCAAUGCAUUGACAAUUUGGCAAAGAAUCCAAUUGAAAGAUUGGAGAGUUGAAUUUUUCACUUUGGGAUUUACCUUAAUCUUUGUUCUUCUUUUCAAGGCCGGUGACUUGUACAAUCAGUCGAAAGUUACUAAAUUCUUGAACAAUGUCAAACCAACAUUUACCAAACAAUUCUUCCAAUUUGGCGUGACACCAAAUAAGCUUUAUGUUAAAGAUAGUUCUGAAAACUACUCAUCUUAUGCUACUGGGCGUUUGAAUAUUGCCAAGGUUGAUUUGAAGUUUGUAUUGGCCCCGCGUCACAACCUUUUCCUUUGGAUCAUGGAGGUGUUGUUUAGCUUUUUUACUAGCAACGUUCAAGCUCCGCAAGAUACUGUUGAGGUUGUUAUCACACCACUGGGUAAAUACGAUAACUUUAUCUCAGCAGUUGUGUCAAAAUUGGGUAUGAAUGAUGCUAGAAAGGCUAAUUACUUUUUGUCAUUAUGUAAAACAACCGACUCACCAAACUUACCAGAAAGUUUUGUAUACAUGAGUGAGGCUCAUGAAUUUCAAGAUAAGUUAACUACAACGGAAUUGAAACAAGCAUUGACUUUAGGAAGCGCCUCAUUCAUUAAAUUCAUUGCCUUUACUGACCAACCAGAAGCAAGACCAGACUCAUUGAGAGAUUUCCUUCCAAAUAGAAGAGUGAUUGUCAGGUUGAGUCUUGUUACAGGUAAGUCAGAUCUCAAAGUCAUUAGUGAAGUAUUGGAUGCCGUGUUCAACCUUGUUGAUAAAUUAUCAGACCAAGCCAUUACCUUCAAACCCGAAACUGUAAAGAGGGUAGUCAAGACUAGAGAUGCUGAAAUUGAAAAGUUCAAGAAGUUGGAACAAGAGAUUAAAAAUGAGAAAUUAGCAGAAGAACAAGCUAAGUUGAAAAGAGAAGAGAGGGACAAAUUGAGAAACUUGUCCAGAGAAGAACAAUUGAAAGCUGAUAAAAAGGCUCAAGAGAAGAAGCAGAAAAAAUUGCAAAAGAAACAAAGAGUCAGAAUGUAA